UAAUCUGAUAUUGUCUUCAGGUGAUCUGCAUGACAACACUUGAUUUUCAUCUGGCUUCACAAAUAUGAAGUCUUCAUUUGAAAAUCAGAAUCUGUGUCAUCACGCUGGCAGAAGCUCAUCCUCUUCUUCAAAAUGGGAAAACAAUUAAGAGUAUUAAUUACCAAAUCAGUGCCAACUGCAGUAGACUUCAAAAUAAGGUCUCCGGAAAGUCAAAGCGGGAUAUCUUGUUCAGAUGGAGAAGAAUAUACUAUAUAUAGUUGUAUAAGAGGGCGGUUGAUGGAAGUUAAUGAAAACAUUCUGGAAGAUCCAACUAUUCUGCAAGAAAAGCCAUCUACUGAGGGAUACAUUGCAGUCGUACUACCCAAAUUUGAAGAAAGUAAGACCAUAACUCAAGGACUUCUGACACAGAAGGAAUAUGAAGAAGUUUUGUUGAAACGUUUUAAUUCCACUUCAUGAAGCUCUAUUUUUAACUGAAAACAUAUAUGUCUGAACCACACUGUGAAUAGCUUCAGAAUUAAGUAUUGCAUAGAUAACACUUGUAAUCAUCUACUUCCAGUAUAUCCCAUAGUGCAAGAGUUGUAACAUGAAAGAUUUUAAAAUUUUACACACUUAACCGUCGGGGACUGGAAAUUAGUUCUUUAAUUUUUUAUGGGUUUGUUUAAUGUUUUUUAAAUGAGUGAACAGUCAUUUAAUUUCAGACAGAAAUAAACAGUUUAAACUUUUAAUGUGUUCUGUAUAUUUUUGACAGGUGCAGUGUAGAAAAAUAAUUAUCCUUCUGGUGCUUAAUGUCAUAUGCAAAAAACCUUAGUUUCACCUAUUUUUAGAACCCCAGGUCAUCUUAUACAGGUACUUAAAUGAAGACCAUUUCUGACCAAGAUUAAUCCCCAAGUCCUAGUGUUGAGGAUUUCAGCCGUUACCUCUUUGGUGCUGCAAAUCCAGCAUCCCCAUUGUGAUGUCCAUUACCAGCAAAGGACACACAAAGAGCUACUGGUGAGAGGAUGAUGCCCCACAAGAAUUAAAUACCCGUAAGACCUUAGAGUACUCUACUGUUCUCAGAGUAGUAAAACAAAAAAAAUAACCUAAGCCAAAGAAACAACAAAACCAAGAAUGAUGAUAUACAGGACCAACAAAAUAAGGUCUGGCAUCUGUACGAAGAGCAAACAGGCAUCUCCACCUUUAAAUAUGUAUUUCGCUUGUGGUUAUAGUAUAGUGGCUUGGAAU